UUUUUUUCUUCUUUUCGUUUCUUUUUUUUUUUAAAUUUAUUGAUGACGAUUAUAAAACGAUGGCAAGUGGAAGAUACCGUUCCAAUAAAAAAGAAAGAAUUGCAACAAUCAGCGUAUCAUGACAUUCACUAUGGAGAGCAUCAUGAGAACGAUUAUGCUACUGAGAAGGAAGACAACGGACCUCCUUUGAUCAUCAUUUUAAGCAGUGUGUUUGGUACUGUAUUGAUCUUUCUUUUACUUGGAUUUGCAUUAUGGAGAAGAAGAAAGAAAAAAAGAUCAUCAUCACCAAUCCAUCAUGAUCAUCGUGACAGUGCCAUGGAUGAUACACCGUCCUCUAUGGUUGUAGAAUGUGUCGAGCAACCUCCUGAGAAAAAACAACAAUCAGGCGGGCAACAAGACGAUCAGCAUAAAGUGGAGAAUCGCGCCUGGAUAUCUGAUCACCCAUCUUCCACCACCUUUUUGUUUAACUCUCCUGCUCAAACAUCAUCAUCAUCGCCUUUUCCUUCCUCCACACCAUCUUCACCUUAUGAUUCCAAUUUAAAUCUCUCCAUGAUCUCUCCUACGCAAGUGAUAGACCAUCUAGGCGAAUCAUCCGAUAUUGUCUCUUUUGAAUACCCUUCAUGGAAUAGAAAUAGUCGAUUUCAAGAGUUUUUUUAAUUCCCUUUAUUUAUUUAUUUAUUUAUUUUUUUUAAAAAAAAAAAAAAGAAUCACGCUUGUAAUUUUAUUUUUCUAUUUUGUCAUCUGGGUUUCAAUAUGGGGCACUUCUUUGUGUUCCUGUAUUCUUUGUUGUCUUUCUUUGCUACACCAUGAAUCUCAUUACUUGUCAACAUAUUAAAGAAUUCCAAACUCAAGGAUAUACAAUACUGCGAGAAGCCUUAUCACCGUCUGAAUUGAAUAUGCUACACGAUGAAGCU